AUGGCGUCAGCUGUGUUUGGACCGGCCACGUUCUGUGCCGUUACGGGAGGGAGCCGGGGGCUGGGCCGGAGCAUCGCCGUGCUGCUGGCGGGGCGACUGGGGCACGGCUCCCGCCUGGUUCUGACCGGCCGCUCGCUCCAGGGUCUACAGGAGACCAAACGGCAGGUGAAAGAGAAGUGCCGGAAAGAGCUGGAGGUGAAGUUGGUGACGGGAGACAUGGAAGACUCCACCGCGUACCACGCGCACUUCUGCGACAUCUUUGCAGACGCCAAGCAAGGUGAUUUCAACAGCGCCUUGAUGAUCCACAACGCGGCAACCACAGGUGACGCGACCAAGAAGGCGUCGGAACAUUCGGACCCGCAGAUUCUGACCAAAUACUAUGACACCAACCUAACGUCAGUCAUCGCUCUGACGUCCAAGUUCAUGAAGGUCUUCCCCAGCGCAGCUGUCAGACGGACCGUGGUUAACAUAACUUCUGACUCAGCCAUCUACCCUCUGGCGAACCACUCCCUGUACUGCAGUGGCAAGGCGGCCAGAAACAUGUUCUUCAAGGUGAUGGCGGAGGAGGACCCGGAUGUACGUGUGCUGAGCUACUCUCCGGGUGCGCUGGACACAGACAUGUUACAGGCGGUCAGGUCGUGCGGAAACAAAGGCGUGGAGGACCUAAUAAACUCCAUCGAGUCUUCCGGAAUGAUCCUGAACCCAGCCGACUCCGCGGAGCACCUGCUCAACCUGCUGCAGGAGGACAAGUUUCAGUCCGGCGACUUUCUCGACAUCUGCAACUUUGACUAUCCAUGCUAUCCAACUUAAAUUAUAUUUGUGAAUGAACAGCCAACCUUGCGGGUACAUUUUGUUGACUUAUACGGUUAUCAAAAUAGAUUGUAAAUUAUUAUCAUUUGUGGUAGAAAUGAGGAAGUUUUAGAAAAAGAACCUCUUUCCAAACGG